ACAAACCUCUCUCACUUACCUUAGUUACUUAUUGUACGUAGGAAUAUAUAUAUAUACAUAUAUAUAUUAACAACACAAACGCACAAAUUAACACAUAGUUUACACUACUUUGGGGUUUGGGUUUUGAGUUGGGUAAUAUUUGGGUUUAGUAGAGAUGAGCUCUUCUUAUGUAUUGCUACUAAUCUUGCUUUAUACUUUCACUACGAGCUCCGUCGGCGCGCAGGCCGCCGGCGUCGAGAAGGGCUUCUACAAGAAGAGCUGCCCGCAGGCCGAGCAGACGGUCCAGAGCAUCGUGUGGGAUCGCGUCGCGAGCAACGGAGCGCUGCCCGCGAAGUUCCUGCGGAUGUUCUUUCACGACUGCUUCGUCAGGGGUUGCGACGGUUCCGUCCUGAUCGACUCGACCGCGAACAACACCGCGGAGAAGGACGCGACCCCUAACAAGUCGCUCGCGGGGUUCGACGUGAUCGACGACGUGAAAACGGCGCUGGAGAAAGCGUGCCCUCAAACUGUCUCCUGUGCAGAUAUUGUAGCACUAGCUGCAAGGGACUCAGUUUCCUUCCAGUUUAAGAAGCCAAUUUGGGAGGUUCAGACAGGGAGGAGGGACGGCACGACAUCGCAGGCGUCAGAGGCGAACGCGAACAUCCCUUCGCCCUCCUCCGACUUCACGACUCUCGUCAACGAUUUCGCGAACAAGGGCCUCGAUGUCAAAGAUCUAGUAGUAUUAUCAGGUGCCCACACAAUUGGAGUGGGGCACUGCAACGCAUUCAGCAAAAGGCUCUACAACUUCACCGGAAAAGGGGACGCCGAUCCGUCGCUGAACGCGACGUAUGCGGCGUUCCUGAGGACCCAGUGCAAGAGCCUGUCGGACAACACGACGACCGUCCCGAUGGACCCCGGGAGCAGCACCGACUUCGACAACCACUACUUCGCAAACCUCAAGCUCGGGCAGGGCCUCUUCCAGUCGGACGCUGCCCUCCUGACCGACGGGCGGUCGACGAAGGUCGUCAACAAGCUGCUCGACGCGGGCGACUUCCUCGACGCGUUCAAGAACUCGAUCCGGAAUAUGGGGGAGGUCGGCGUGCUCACCGGAUCGAGCGGCGAGAUCCGAAAGAACUGCAGGGUGGUGAACUCAUGAGAGUGUUUGAUCAUGCACCUCUUCUUUGUUACUGUGUUGUAUUUGUUUGGUUCAUUUGAGUUGGCUUGUGGAGGGAAAUAAUGCCAUUGGUGGAAAAAGUAAAAAAGAAACAAAGUAAAAGUGUUUUUUUUUUUUUUUUUUUUUUUUUUUCAGUUUGCUAAAUGGGCCAACUCCUUGCUAAGUAAAGAGGGCCCAUUUGGGUCUGUGUUUGUUGUAUUUCUAUGAUUCUGUGUCUUUGUUAUUUUGUUAUUGUUUGUUGUUUUGUUUAAUUAAUUGUGUUUACUUGUUUGUACUUGAAAUGUAAACAAACAAGCAUGAUCUACACAUAAAGCCUCUAAAAAGUUAUUUAUUUGA